AUGCUGUUCUACGGCCUUUUCCUGGUCCUCCAGGCCAUCCUGGUGCACUCGGCGGCCCUGAGACAGUCAUCCUCGAGCUCUCUCACCACCGCAGCCCGUGAAAAAUGCCAAAUCACUCUGCAAUGUCCCCCAGGCACUCUCGUGGUGUCCACCACCGAGCAUCCGCUGUCCAACUUCACCUCCCUCCAAGCAGCCAUCUCCUCUCUCCCCAACGACAACUCCUCCCAGACCAUCCUCCUCCUGUCCGGCUCCUACAAUGAACAAGUCAACAUCACCCGCUCGGGUCCCAUCACCCUCCUGGGCCAGCAACCAGACCGCAGUGCGCUGACCGACGCCGCGCGCAACACCGUCAACCUGACCUUUGCCGGCGCCAACCAAGACAGCUCCGGCUCCCUCGACAACGUCUGGUUCAGCGUGAUGAUCGUCGCCCCGACCCUCGACGCCAGUCUGACCGGAUCCGGCACCACCGGCUACCCCGUGCCAGCAGACACACCGUUUGGCAACACCAACUUCCGCGUCUACAACAUCGACUUUCGCAACACCUUUUCCGAGUACUCCGCCGGCCCAGCCCACGCCAUCAGCUUCAGCCGCUCCAACGGAGGCUUCUACUACUGCGGCUUCUACUCCUACCAGGACACCAUCUACAUCGGCAAACUCGGCUCCGCAUACAUGUACAAAUCCAUUCUCGCCGGCCAAACCGACUUCCUCUACGGCUUCGGCACGCUGUACGUCCAAUCCUCCCAGAUCCUCCUCCGCUCGUGUGGCGGCGGCAUCACCGCCUGGAAAGGCACCAACACAACCGUCCCCAACAACUACGGGGUGUACAUCCACGACUCGACCGUCCGAGCCGCCAACAUCUCCAUCGCCCCAGACAUCAAGGAAUCCUGUGCUCUUGGUCGUCCAUGGAACGCUCUGCACCGAUCCAUCUUCGCCAAUACCUACGAGGACGGCAGCAUCGAGCCAUCCGGAUACAUUAACUGGGAAGAUCGCUGGUCCGCCAAUGAGACCCUAAUGGCCGAGUACAAGGCCUAUGGCCCGGGAUUUAACCUGACCGGACGGGAGGAUAGCGAGGUGUCGGUGCUGCUAGAUAGUAGGGAAUAUGCGCGGUAUAGUGACCCAGAGAGAGUGUUUUUGUUUCCUGAUGGGAAGGUGGGGAAUGUGGGCUGGAUUGAUUGGGAGGUGGUCAAUUCCUAG